CUGCCGCAGUCUGCAUCCGGUUUAGAGAUGAGCUACCCACUGGACCACCUCUACGGCCACGGCUCCUACCGCAGGGCACCACAGGGCCUCUCUGCCCGGCCUGCCGCUUCCCUCUCCUCCUCCUGCUUCCACUCCCAGCCCUGGACGACCUCUCAGCGCCGCCGCCAGACCUACAGCCAGACACCCUCCGCCGACAGCUUGGAGAUCUUUAACGGCGACAUGACUCGGAGGAACGAGAAGGAGAUUCUGCAGACACUCAAUGACCGUUUCGCCGGCUACAUCGACAAGGUGCGGAACCUCGAGUUGAUGAACUCGAAUCUGGAGCAGGAAGCGGCUGCGCUGCGACAGAGCCAGACUGGGCGCGCUACCGUGGGAGAGCACUAUGAGCGCGAGCUGGGGAACCUGAGGGGUCUGGUUCAGCAGCUGACCGGGGAGAAGGCAUGCGCACUCUUGGAGCAAGACCACCUGGAAGAGGAUAUCCAGCAUGUGCGGACCAGGCUCGAGGACGAGGCACGCAGCAGGGAGGAGCUGGAAGCCAAGGCACGCCUAAUGAACAAGUAUGUGGAUGAGUCUGGGCUCGCACGGUUAGAGCUGGACAAGAAGCUGAGCGCACUGCAGGAAGAAGCAGCGUUCCUGAAGAAGAACCACGAGGAGGAGGUGGCGGAGCUGCUAGCACAGAUCCAGGGUGCACAGGUGAGCUUCGAGGCUCGAGACACAAUCAAGGCGGACGUCACGAACGCCCUGCGGGAGAUCCGCGCUCAGCUGGAUGGACACGCGACCAAGAGCGCAACGCACGCGGAGGAAUGGUUCAAAGUGCGUAUGGAGAGGUUGGCAGAUGCAGCUCACUCUAACACAGAUGCGAUCCGUGGUGCCCAGGAUGAGAUAGCAGAGUACAGACGGCAGCUGCAGAGCCGCACCAUCGAACUGGAGACCCUCAGAGGAACCAAGGACUCCCUGGAGAGACAAUGCAUGGAGACUGAGGACAGACACCAUGGAGAUAUCCACUCACUACAGGAGACUAUUCGUCAGCUGGACGGUGAACUGAAGAGUACUAAGUGGGAGAUGGCCAGCCAGCUGAGAGAAUACCAAGAGCUGCUGAACGUCAAGAUGGCUCUGGACAUAGAGAUAGCAGCCUACAGGAAGUUGCUGGAAGGGGAGGAGACUCGGUUCAUACCUGGGCCAAGCCUGUACUCCUACUCCUCUGCCCACCUGAAGCUGAAGGGGGAGGAGCUCUCAGACACAGUCAUACUGGAGGAACAGACGGAUGAGACACAGGUCACUGAGGUGACAGAGGAAGCAGAAGAUGAGGAAGAGGAAAAGGGAGAGGAGACAGAAAAGGAAGAAGAGAAGGAGGAAGAGGAAGAGGGAGAAAAGGAGGAGGAAGAGGAUGAGACCAAAGCUGAGGCAGAAGAGGGAGAAGGAAAGGGAGUUGAGGAUAACGGGGGAGAGGAAGAGGAGGCAGGUGAGGAGAAAGAGGAAGAGAAGUCUAAGUCACCUGAAAAGGCUGCUUCUUCUCCAUCCAAACCUCCCCAAUCUCCCCCCAAAACCCUCCAGCCCAAAUCACCUGCCCCCAAAUCACCUGAAUCAAAAUCUCCCCUCCCCAAAUCACCUGAAUCAAAAUCUCCCCUCCCCAAAUCACCUGCCAAAUCUCCCGCCCCCAAAUCACCUGAAUCCAAAUCACCCCAAGCCAAAUCUCCCCUCCCCAAAUCACCUGCCAAAUCUCCCGCCCCCAAAUCUCCCACAGCUGUGAAAUCACCAACAUCUACAUCUCCCCCCAGCAAAUCCCCAGAGUCUAAGUCUCCCCCUCCCAAAUCCCCUCUCCCAAAGUCUCCUGAAUCCAAGUCCCCCAUCCAGGAGAAGGCCAAGCCCCCUGCAGAAGACAAACUGGCCAAGCAGGAGAAGAAAGAGAAGGAACAACCCCAGCCUGUAAAGGAGGAAAAGAAACAAGAGCCAGAACCCAAGGAGAAGGAGAAAUGUGAGAGCCAGCCUAAAGAGGAGAAGGUUGAGGAGAAGACAGACAAACCAGAUCCCAAGGAGAGCAAGCCAGAUGAGAAUCCCAAGACUGAGACCCCAACACCUGCCCCCCCUGCUGCCACCCCGGUCAAGCCUGCAGAGGAAAAGCCCGCCCCCGCCAAGGAGAGCCACAGCCCUGCUAAGAGAGAAGAGGAGAAACAAGCCAAAACAGAUGACACACCCCAGGUAGAGGUGAAGCCUGCACCCAAAGAAUCACCACAGAAAACAGAGAGCACAAAGGAGAAGAAAGCAGAGCCCAAAGAGGAGGUGAAGAAGGAGGAUAAGAAGGAGGACAAGAAGGAGGCCUCUAAAGCAUCUGACAGUAAAGAGGCAAAGGAUACAAAGGAGGUAGGGGAGGCAGAGAAGGCCAAGAAAUCUUCUGGCACUGAAGUCAAAGACGAGAAAUCUUCUAGCACUGAAGUCAAAGACGAGAAAUCUUCUGGCACUGAAGUCAAAGACGAGAAAUCUUCUGGCACUGAAGUCAAAGACGAGAAAUCUUCUAGCACUGAAGUCAAAGACGAGAAAUCUUCUAGCACUGAAGUCAAAGACGAGAAAUCUUCUAGCACUGAAGUCAAAGACGAGAAAUCUUCUAGCACUGAAGUCAAAGACGAGAAAUCUUCUAGCACUGAAGUCAAAGACGAGAAAUCUUCUAGCACUGAAGUCAAAGACGAGAAAUCUUCUAGCACUGAAGUCAAAGACGAGAAAUCUUCUAGCACUGAAGUCAAAGACGAGAAAUCUUCUAGCACUGAAGUCAAAGACGAGAAAUCUUCUAGCACUGAAGUCAAAGACGAGAAAUCUUCUAGCACUGAGGUCAAAGACGAGAAAGCCAAGAAGUGAGUCACUAACACGCUACAUAUGAGCCAGGAGAAGAGAGAGAGAUGCCAAAUAACUAUCGGGGGGGGGGGGGGGGAGCUACUGAAGCCCUGAACAGCCUUUGUAAAGGGAAGCCAAAGGGAAGCAGAACAGAGCAGGAGACAAACAGUAAACAAACAAAGCAAUAGCUUUUCUCUAGUUAAUAUCCCCCGGGUACUCAACCCUGAUAUGAUGCUUCUUCUAAUCUAUGACUGUAGUGAAUGCAGAAUGCUCUAAACUCUAUCUGAAUUGUGUCUAUAUGAUUGCCCGUCAAUAAUAACAAGUGCAUUAAAACAGCAGCAUUGCCUUGGCUGGGAGCACAGCACAGGGCCAUGUACCUUCUAAAGCCUUCAAGGGUAGCAAUGUCAACAAAUGUCUAUAAAAGAUUGUGACAGAUCAAUAUAUUGUACUGUAUGUGUAUAUUUAUGAAGAUAUAAAUGUGUAUAUUAUAUUAACAACUAUAAAAAGCAGAGAAAGACUACAAACCUGCUCAUUGUGCAUCUUAAACAGCUCCCUGUCUGAUGGUUGUGCUGACUCACUGUGCUGUGGUCAGUAAUGAUACCUAGGCCAGUGAGGAGAACUCUGAAGUCAGGGAUGACUGUGCUAUGUAUAAACUGCUGAGAGUAUGCAAUACAAACUGAUGAACUAAUAAAGGUUCAAACCAAAAUA